AUGCCUGGCAUCCAUAUCCCUCGAUUCACAGUAGAUCAAGUACGAGUCCAACAUGUCAUUGAGCAGCUAUAUCAAAUUAAAUUGAAUACACCUAAAGAAUUGCGGUCCAAGGAUUUUGUACUAGAAGACGAGCAAGUGUGGACCAGCUGGACAAUGCGAGAGAGUGUAUACAAAAAAAAGCAAGACACAUUUCCUACCAUGAGCCGAGGACUCUUUACCAAGCAGUUACCUGGUGGGCAGUAUCAGAUCAUGGUGCGAGGUUACGACAAGUUUUUCAAUGUGUUGGAAACCAAGGCGACACAAUGGCCUUCCAUCAUGGAGGAGACACAGGGACCUUACGAGGUCAUGGCAAAGGAGAACGGAUGCAUUAUCUUUAUAGCAGCACUAUCUGACGAGAAGGUCGUUGUCACGUCCAAGCAUUCAAUCCCUGUAGAGAAAACAGACACAAAAGCACAUGCGGGUGUGGGAUAUAACUGGGUACUGAAGCAUUUGGCAUCUGUGCAGUUGACAGAAAAGGACCUGGCAGCGUGGCUCUACGACAAGAAUAUCACAUUGGUCGCUGAACUCUGUGAUGAUGAAUUUGAGCAGCACAUUUUGCCUUAUGUCGACAGAGAUCGUGGAUUGUAUCUUCAUGGCAUCAACUACAACACAUCAGAGCUAUAUACCCUUCCAGUCGCUGUUGUAGAACAAACAGCCAAAGAAUUUGGAUUUCAUGCAACUGAUUUUACCGUAUUUGAUACCGCAGAUCAAGUCAAGGAAUUUGGACAUACGAUGCAGCAAAGUAGCAUUUACAAUGGUCGAGAGGUAGAAGGCGCUGUGGUGCGAUGCAAGAGGCACGGCAUGGAUUUUAUGUUCAAGGUCAAGAAUGAGCAGUAUCUCAUGUACAGAGAAUACAGAGAAGUCACCAAUGCCAUGUUGGAGGUCAAGGACGGUUCUGUGUCGAUUCACGAGGCCAAGAAGGAUUGGAAAUGCAAGUAUGAAAAGACUCGGUUUUAUAUUGAAUGGCUGCGUAAAAGAGUGGUGGAUCAUCCAGAGUGGUUUUUAGAGUUCAAGGCUAACAAGGGCAUCAUCCAUGUGCGUCAAGAGUUUGAAAAGUAUUGGGACAGUGGUUGUUUAUAG